AUGCGACGAGUCAAGAAAUCCCGCAACGGUUGUGCGAGAUGCAAGAGCAAACGGGUCAAAUGUGGCGAGGAAAAACCGCACUGUACCCGCUGUACUCGUCUGGGGGUGCGAUGUCCCGGGUAUGUUCAGUCGUUGCGCUGGGUCACCAAGUAUGAACAGUCCAGCUCCGCCGCAUCGAUUCCAGAUGCUACAGCACCGAGUCCUGCUGCUUCUUCUGUCCAUGCGCCACAAUCAAAAUCGGGUGAUCGGGCUUUGCCGCCGGCCGAUAACGCUGAUGCAGGCCCGUCGCAUGACGCAAACACGCCAGCGUUCGGUUUUGAUGAGUCGAACGCUCUCUGUGACAAUCUGUGGCAUCUCCCGGGCCAUGGUUCCCUGCCCGAACUGACCGACCUAUGCCCACCGCCCUCAGUGCCGGCGCCAUCAUCAUCCUUUGUACAGCCCGGGGGCUCGGUCUACGAUUUUGGAACGUCAGGGGACACAGCCGCAGAUCUCUCGCGUAUCCUAUCUCUCAUCGGGCCAGCUCCGAACGAACAGGAAAUCGGUGGCGUAUACCGAAACUUCUCGCCCUCGGCCAUUGUGCGCAGCUAUCCUCCCACCGCACCGCCUCCACCGCGCGAUUUUAUGUCUAUCUCACGCCCACUGAAUAACCCAUCAUGGACGCUGAUCGAGUACUACUUCAAGGAAGUGGCAGCUUUGUUCUCAAGCUACGAUAGUCAAAUGAACCCGUUCCGCACCACAGUCUCCCGGCUAUGGGGAUCUUCGUUGGCAAUGUGCCGGACAAUGCAAAGUAUGGCAGCCGCCACGCUGGUCAACGACUUCCCGCAGUUCGGUCCGAUGGGCCGCAAGAUGCGUAACGAGGCCGUCGACAUCAUCACACGCGACGCGGUAAUGGAUGACAAGGCGCUGCUGGCGCUGCUCAUGCUCGGGCAGACAGCGAGCUGGCACGACCCAACGGACCUGGGCAUUUCAUUCUUCAAUCUGCUCCGCAGACAGCUCAACUCAAUCGGCUCGUCCAACAGCCCAGCGUUUGGCUCCAUACCUAAAGAUUGCGGUAACAACUACCGCUUCUUUGAAGAGGCGCUUAUCUACUGGGAGAUGCUGCUCUCUUUCGUCGCAGACAAUGACUCCAUGGUGCUAUCGGACCACUCCCGCGCCGCGUCCUCGGGCGAGUCCCUCGUCCUGCAGCGCGUGCCGCACCCUUGGACCGGGAUCGCGCGCGAUACCCAAUUCACCGUCCACGAGGUAGGACGGCUCGUGCGGCGUGAACGCAAACGUAUCCGCUCCCGCCAAUUCACCUCGCAGGCAGACAUCUCCCGUGCCCAGAUGGCCGUCGAGAAGGCUCGCGAGCUAGAAGACCGCCUUCUCGGCCUUGCCCAUCCGUCUGAAGCCGAGAUCGUCAGCCCCGGCGACGACGACACCCCGGUCUGGCACCUGCUCACUAUGGCCGAGGUCUACCGGUGCACGGGGCUGAUGCAGCUUUACCGUGUGUUUCCAGACUUGCUACGCAGUCGCCUUCCUGGCCCCGAUGUCACCCCUCAAUGCCCUGGCAGCAUGGCGUCAUCAUCUACUGACCCGUUCUUCCCCAUUGAUCUGGACAGUAUGGACUUGUCUGCCGGGUUCUGCGAUAAUAAUCCAGACGAUGGCACACAUCCCAAUCCAAACUCCAAUCUCUCGCCAUCCUCAAUCCCUUCCCCGGGUAAUAUCUAUACUGGCCAUUUUUCACCUGAGAAUCCUCAGAAUCCUCAGGGUUCUGCCCAAGAAUCGGCAAACCCCUCCACCUCCUCUCCAUCAAACCCCUAUCCCGACUCCUUCUACGACAACUGGCUCGCCGAGUUCGCCAUCACAACCCUCUCGCGCCUCAAAACCAUCCCCAUUGAAUCCCGCACCCGCUGCCUCCAGCCCUUCCUGCUCGUCGCCUCCUGCAGCGAACUGCGACUCCCACAUAACCCAUCGUCAACACAGACACAACAGCAUGCUUCCGACGACAACCACAAAAAUGACAAUAUUCAUUCCAAUACCAACAAUGAUAAUGAUAAUGAGACCCACGACAAUCACCUGAACCCCAAUCCCAAUCCCAAUAGUGAUACCACCAACAACAAAAACAACAGCAAUAGCAGCAGCAACAGCAAUAAUCCCUCUAGUUCAAACCCCUCAAUCUCCAUGGAAGCCAUCGAGGUCCUGCGUGCGCGCCGGUUCAUCCUCGGCCGCCUCACCUCCUUCCUGCACGUGCUUCCCCCGAAGCCGAUCAAUGUGUGCCUGCGCCUCGUGCGCGAGGUGUGGCGCCGCAUGGAUGCGGGCGAGGCGGAUGGGUAUUGGAUUGACGUGAUGAUUGAGAAGGGGUGGGAAACGACCAUGGGAUGA